AUGACAGAUAAAUCUCUGUCUAAUUUUGCAGUCACUGCAACUGUGUCUGCUCUAUCAAAGAACCUAACGGAAGCCCCUUUAGACAGAGUAAAGCUACUUCUUCAGCUACAGCCUGACAUUUCUCAGUUAUAUCCAAACAAUAAAUAUAAAGGAAUUUUUGAUUGUACUAUAAGAGUAUAUAAAGGCAUGAAUGAUUGUGCUUAUAAAAUAUGAAAAGCUGAUGGAAUUAGAGGAUUUUUUAGAGGAGUUUGAUUAUCAUUUCCUGGAGUUUUUAUAUAUAGAGGAAUGUAUUUUGGAUUAUUCAAUACUCUUAAAAAUUCUGUGGAUUCUAAUAAUUUUUUUGCUAUUUUUUUAUUAGCUCAAUCCAUUACGACAUUCUCUGGUUUAACAGUUUAUCCAAUUGAUACAGUUAGGAGAAGAAUGAUAAUGCAGACAGGAAAAUUCCCUCGCACUGAUCCUCGACUCCAAGAAGAAUUUAAAAAUCAUUUGAUUGUGCAUAUAAAAUGCUUAGAAAAGAAGAUUUUAAAUCAUUUUAUGGAGGAUUUUGACUUAAUUUCGUUAGAUCUUUCAGUGGAGCCUUAUUAUUAG